AUGUUUGUACUACGCUGGAUUGAUGACUCUUUUGCCUUGAUCUCGCAAGCUCAUCUACAUGCAGCUCGAAUCAUCACUGUCCUCCUCGUUGUGAACAGCCGCAUGUCGGACCGUCAGGUUCACAGGCAACUGCGGUCCGCCUGCCGAGCCAUAGGCAACCGAAGAUCACCCGAAAGUUACCUCCUCGCGAAUGGCUCUUCGACGGUUUCGCCAUACUCAUUACUGGAUAUCCAAAAGAGUAGUCGACAACAAGUUCAAUCUUUACAAACUUCCAACAUCACCACGACCUCCAACCUCAAUCGCCGAACCACAAUGGCGAUGACACAAAACGGCACUUCGUCUACCUGCGUAGUCGAGCAGCCCAUCGAACUUCAAGAUGUCUCCCACUACAUCAGUACUCCCCCGAUUGCCAAGGUUCCGGCCCUGCAUAUCUCAGAUAGCAAAGGCGUCCCGGACGACGAUCCCGUAGAAAGCCUCCCUUCACCAACUACCCAAGCUGCUGCAAAGCUGGAAAGAUGGAACGCCCCACGCUCAAAUCUCUAUAGGACGUUGGCGGCUUUUUGGAGUUUUGUGGUAAUGGGGAGUAACGAUGCUGCGUAUGGUGCUUUGAUACCCUAUUUACAAGAAUACUACCAUCUCACCUUUGUAGUCAUAUCGCUAAUAUUCCUGUCACCACUGGUGGGCUACACGGCCUCUGCCCUUCUCAACAACACCAUUCAUCUCAAAUUUGGACAAAAGGGUGUUGCAGUGAUUGCACCGACAUGCCACUUACUGGCCUACAUUGUUAUUGCCGUACACCCACCAUAUCCCGUCCUGGUCUUCAUUUUCAUGCUUGCUGGUUUCGGCAACGGCCUCGCUGAUGCGGCAUGGAAUGCUUGGAUGGGCAACAUGGCGAACCCAAACGAAGUCCUGGGUUUCCUACACGCAUUCUACGGCCUCGGUGCCGUGCUAUCGCCGUUGAUUGCAACGACCAUGAUCACCAAGGGUGAUCGAUUGCCCUGGUAUUACUUCUACUACGUUAUGAUCGCCAUGGCAGCCAUCGAACUCGUCACCUCCACCACAGCCUUUUGGCACGAAACCGCCGCCGUCUUCCGCGCCGCCAAUCCCCGCACCGGCAUAUCAAAAGAUAACCGCAUGAAAGAAGCACUUGUGCGUCUCCCUUUUGCCCGCGUCACCUGGCUCAUCGCCGUCUUCCUGCUCGGCUACGUGGGCAUUGAGGUCGCGCUCGGGGGCUGGAUCGUCAAGUUUAUGCUCGAAGAGCGGGAUGGCGAGGAUUUUGCAAGUGGCAUGACGGCCACGGGGUUUUGGAUGGGCAUCACGGUCGGGCGGAUUGUAUUGGGGUUUGUGACGCCGAGGAUAGGCGAGAAGUUGGCUAUUGCUAUCUACCUCCCCCUAACAAUGGCCCUCCACCUCAUCUUCUGGCUCGUCCCCCACUUCCUCGUCUCCGCCAUCGCCGUCUCCCUCCAAGGCUUCCUCCUCGGCCCCCUUUUCCCCGCCGCCGUCGUCGCCGCCACAAAAUUACUCCCCAAACACCUGCACGUCAGCGCCAUUGGCUUUGCCGCUGCUUUUGGCGGCAGCGGCGCUGCGAUUUUUCCUUUUGCAGUCGGUGCUAUUGCGCAGGCUCAGGGGGUGCAGGUGCUGCAGCCGGUUGUGCUGGCGCUGUUGGUGGUGAUUUGGGGGCUUUGGGUUGCGUUGCCGCGGCUGCAUCGGAAGGUUGAGUAG